GUGGUUGGUGGAGAAAGAGGGAUGAACUCUGGAGAGUAGAGGGGCUGAGCUGUGAGGUGUUGGCUGGAGCUGAGGAGCUUUUACACACGGAUGAAACCAUUGCAGACAGAGCCGUUUUUUGGUUAAAAUAUCCUGCAGCUGAGCCUUUAGCAUCACUGAUUCAUAAACUCUUUGCUUGUUGUUGAGGAGCACAAGAUCGAAAGGAACAGAUGUUUCCGGUCAGACAGCCUUGGCUUUGCAAAGCCCUAGGUUGUUAUGAUUGCUGUAUCCGAUGCCUGGGGGCAGUGCCCUACCCCUCCCUGGUUUCCACUCUGCUCUGCUUCACCGGCAUGGCGCUGUUCUGUGGCUGCGGGCACGAGGCACUGGCAAACACCGAGGUGCUUGUCGAGACUUACUUCGCUCGUAACAUACAAGACUAUGUUAUCCUGGCCUCGUUUAUCAAGUACUUCCAGUACGUGAUCUAUGGCCUGGCCUCUUUCUUCUUCCUCUACUGCAUCCUGCUGCUUGCCGAGGGAUUCUACACCACCAGCGCUGUCAAGCAGACCUUCGGAGAGUUCCGGAGCACCAGAUGUGGCCGCUGCCUUAGUCUGACGUUCAUCAUUGUGACAUACGUCCUGGCAGUGAUCUGGCUGGCGGUGUUUGCCUUCACAGCCAUACCCGUCUUCUUCUUCUUUAAUAUGGCACAGACCUGCCACAACAUCAACAUCCUGGCUGAGACGACACCCAGCAUCAGCCAGCACAGCUGGGUCUGCAUGGAUGCUCGACAGUAUGGUCUGCUGCCUUGGAAUGCAAUGCCAGGGAAAGCUUGUGGAAUGACUUUGGCAUCCAUUUGCAAAACAAAAGAGUUCUUUGUCACCUAUGACCUAUACAUCGCUGCCUUUGCUGGUGCAGGGAUUGCUCUCUUGGCUCUGUUUCUGUAUGUGGUAGCUACCACCUAUAACUAUGCAGUGCUGCGGUUCCUGGGCAGAAAAGGGCUGCGCUGUUAAAAAUGGUGCCCUGUCACGUCUUCAUCCGCCCAUAGACUGGGCCUGAGGAGAGCCGUUACACAUCACUACACCACUGAACAUUCAUCCAUCCCCUCAGACACGCCUGCAGCCUGAUUCCCCUACCUACUGCUGGCUGCUUCCCUGGAGGGCUCUGCUAACUGACACAUGGUUCAUCUUGACCAUCUGAUUUAUCACUUCAACAACAGCAUAAGAGAUGAAUAGAACUCCUGGGCAUCAUAACUUCAAGCCCCUCCCCCUGGGCAUCAUAACUUCAAGCCCCUCCCCCUGGUCAUCAUAACUUCAAGCCCCUCCCCCUGGUCAUCAUAACUUCGAGCCCCUCCCCCUGGUCAUCAUAACUUCGAGCCCCUCCCAUCCUCCUGCUCACCAGUCUUAUCCCCUCAUUUCUCAGUCCAGGAAGAUGACUCUCUGAUGUCUGUUGCUCAUUUUCUUUUACAUUGGAUGUAGCGUCUCUGGUUUUGGUUUGCAAUUAUACUUUUUUUGCUUUUAUAAAGUGUCCCUGACAUGACUGUCAGAUUGUGUUAUGUGGACUCCAUUCAGCCCUCUAAAUCUGAGUGACUGAAAGAGAUGACUGCUCUCCAUGCUUAUCAGAACUAAGAAUUACACCCCACUCCCCUCGCUUACUGAUAUCUAUAUAGAUAGUGAACAUGAUCUGCUUUUGCAUGAUCUGCUUUUGCUUUAGAUUGUGUAUGUAAAUGAGCUGUCCGUUACUGUAACCAAAGCAAACAGCUGAAUGUGCCAAAGUGCUGUACAUUCAAGUGAAAUGUGAGAGUCUCUCUUGUCUAAGUGUGUCAAAGGACUUAUGGCAUCUUUUUUUGCACUCACUCCUGAUGUAUAAGUAUGUAUUGUUUGUCCUUUUAAAUGAUUACCGUGUGGAGGGUGAAAGGAAACCCAAUUCUGUGGAGGUGCUAAAGUUCUAAGAUAACUCGUUUUCAUUCUCCACAUGUAUUAAUGCUCUCUGCUUUUAAACCACAGGGUUGCUGUGUUGAUUUUGAAUUGAGCAAUUAAACUUAAUCAAAGCCAUUUUAAACCCAA